GGUUCUUCAGUUUUGAGCGCCGCUGGAACGUUACUGUGUCCGUUGCCUCGGCCAGCACGUGCUUUAAGCGCCGGCGAGCAAGCGUUCAUACGAGGCUAGCCACGCGCGCGAUGCAACCACCACAGGGCGCGUGGGAAGAGUGACGCUCUUCCCUGUCCUGUAUUUAAGGGCUUUGUGAGGAUAUGAUCUAUGGCACUUGCAUCACAGCUUCUAAGUCACUGAUUUUCAGAGCACUAGAGUUGUGGAAGCCAUUGGAUUUUCAAGUGAAAUUCUCCACCAAGUGUUCUCCUAGGAAGAUAAAAAUGGAAAGUAAUCUAAAUUCUAGCGUAGGGGGCAACAAAAAAGAGUCUAGAGGUGCCUUGGUUGUCCUAGAAGGCUUGGAUCGUUCUGGGAAGUCUUCUCAGUGUAGCAGGCUAGUGUCCUUCUUGGAGGGACAAGGAAUCUCUGCUGAAUUAUGGAGAUUUCCUGAUAGAACUACAAAUGUUGGGCAAAUGAUAUCUGCCUAUCUCACUAACACAUCACAGUUGGAUGAUCAUACUAUUCAUCUCCUCUUCAGUGCUAAUCGUUGGGAAAAGAGGUCAUUGAUGGAAACAAAAUUGAAAACUGGAACAACCCUUAUUGUUGAUCGUUAUUCUUAUUCUGGGGUUGCUUUCUCAUCUGCGAAGGGACUUGAUAUUGAAUGGUGUAAGGCCCCAGAGAUUGGGUUGCUGGCACCAGAUCUGGUAGCAUACCUUGACAUAUCACCAGAGAAAGCUGCAGAAAGAGGAGGGUAUGGAGGUGAGCGAUAUGAAAAGCUGGAGUUUCAGAAGAAAGUUGCUGAUUGUUACAAAGUUCUUCAUGAUGUCUCCUGGAAGGUUGUAGAUGCUUGCCAACCCAUAGAAGAUGUGGAGAAACAGUUGCAAGAAAUAGUACUUGAUUGUGUCACAGAAUGCAAGAAGGGGAAGCCCCUUUCCACCUUGUGGUCGAUGUAGACUUACUAUUGAAAGAGAUAUCAUAUAUUAUCAAAUACACCAUUUAAUUGUGAUUCAGAUUGCUUCUUUCCUAGGUACUAUAAUCACAAAUUUGUUUGCCAAGCAAUUUGAAGACAGCCUGAAUUUUUAUAAUAUGCUUAUGCUCCUGAUCCAACAGAUGUUAUGCAACAGCUUUCUGUAGUCCUGGUGAGGCCCAGAUUUUAUAUCCCUGAAUUUCACUGAAGUUGAACUACAUUGGGUUAACCAAAUAAAAAAAGAACUGCAUUGGUACUGGGUUAAGAAUGGUUAAUCCUUUUGGGAAAAGCCAAAUUAUUCUGAGGAGUUUAUAUAUCUAUCAAAAUUUUACCUCUGUUAAUUAUCCUUGAACCACUUUUUUUAAAUUUAUUUUUAUCUCGUUUGUCAACUUGGUCUGGAUUUGAUAUUAUGAAACUUAGCCCUAUAGCAUCUUUAUAACUGUAUUGCUACAGAAUAUUAUGUGUGUGCGUAGCAGCACAAAAUCAGAAAUUAUAUAAAAAUAUAAAAAUAUUAUAGUC